AGUGAGCAAACCCAUUGAUGAGGACCAGUGAUGAAGUGCUGCAUUUGCUGUGUACUGUUAAUCUUGUCUGUUGUACUCUGUGCCCGAUCCAUGAUCAAAUGUUCUUCUGUGGACAUUUUUAAUAUGAAGGUUAAUCAUACACCACAUAGAAUACGGUUGUCCUGGGAGCGGCCAGAUGAGCAAAAAAGCAAGCUGUGUUACAAAACCCAUGUGCAGUACCGGAGCGACUGUGAAACUUCCUGGAAGAAUUAUACUGACAUUUCAGGGUUCUCCUUUGAGCUGCCUGCUCCUGAUAUGAAAAAGAAUUAUGCUUUCCGACUAAGGGUGAAGCUAGAAUGUACCAAAAAUACCUGGGGAGAAUGGAGUCCGAUAAAAUACUGGAAGAAUGAUACAGAAGCACCUUGCAUAACAAAGACUUCAUCACUUACUGUAAAGGAUUAUCUGUUGAUAACGAUACUGCCACUGGCGGGUUUCAUGCUUGUCUAUGCACUAACACAUGAUCGGGUAAGAAGACUUGUCCUUCCUAUUAUUCCAGAUCCAAAGCAUACCCAAGAGAGAAUUUUAAACAUUGAACAGAUUCAGUGGUGGAGCAACUUUGCACAAACAUGUGAAGAUUGCAUGAUAUCAGAAAUAAAGAUCUUUGACAGGGAGGAGGAGAAGCUUGAAAUCACCCUCUUCAAGAGUGACUCUGAUGAACAACCCCCUCACACUCAUCCUACUCACACAGUUCCUGGAAAGCAUGAUUUUGACCUUGCCACAAAUAAUCAUAUGUAUUGCCUUCACUCUUUUAAUACAUCUGAGGACCAAAUUAUAUCACACUGUUCAGCUACCAAACAAGGCUACAUCACUCUUUAAACACUGACUUUGCUUAAUUAAGCAUGGAUUAGAAAAAAAAGAACAUGAAGAAAAAAAGAACGAGUGUUCUACCCCAUGCUACGGUGUGACUGUUUUAAAUUUUUCUACCUAUUAAAUACUUUAUAUAU